AUGGGCACUCUUUCUCCUUCGUUCGGUAAUUUGCGGGUCCAAAUCAAUCAAAUCGACUAUACCCUUGCUCCGCCCGGGCCUCUGGACAACUCGACGCUACCGAUGGUCCCUGUUUUACGAAUAUACGGACCUUCAGAAAACGGAAAAAAGACCUGUGUGCAUAUCCAUCAAGUUUACCCUUACUUUUUUGUUGAAUACUCCGGAGUUCUGGAGGCCAAUCAUGGCGAGCGGUCUUUAAAUCAUGCAGUUGCUCUGUCACUCCGAAAGGAACCUGCAUCGUCAAAAUCGCGCUACAUUCGCUCAGUUGUUCUAGUCAAAGGCGUGCACUUUUAUGGUUUCCAUUCUUCCUACUCCCCAUUCCUCAAAGUCCUGGUUGCCGAUCCUGCUUUGGUUUCUCGGGUAGUAGCUAUGAUGCAGAACGGAACGGUUAUGGGUACCCGGUUUUGUAUAUACGAAAGUCAUUUGAAUUAUACGUUGCAGUUUUUAUCCGACUAUGGACUCUAUGGGUGUGGUUGGCUUGAACUCGACAAUGUCUUUCAAAGGGGGCAAGAAGAAAACGCCGAAGGCAUUCAGCAAGAACCUCUGUUUCCCCUUUCCCCACACUUCCGUCAAUCGCGAAUGACUCUAGAAGUAGAUGCGGUUGCUCAUCAAAUACUGAACCGAAGAGGGCUUUCAGCGCGAGAAUGGCACCAUAAACUCGAGAUUCCUUCCCCUCCACUCCCUAGUGAUCCGUUGGUUCUCAGCGUGCGCGAGCUUUGGGAGGACGAACGAGCGAGGCGCCGCAGUCGUGGUUUAAAUCCUUCUCCAGAGAUCCCGGUCGAUCUCAGCGAAUCUUCUCGAGGAUCAGGCGGUAGCUGGGUAGCUGAAGCGAGGUAUUGGGACGAGAUUGGUCGCCGUAUCGAACAGGAGCGAACCAUGACACAUGACAUUGAAGAUGCACAGAGUUGGGAGGGAGCUGUAAUGACGACUUUCGAAAGCAUUGAAGCAUUGUGGGAGGAAGAAUAUAAGACUUGGAAACCACGAAAAGUCGAACAUGAUAAAGCUACCCACUCAGAGACGGAAGUCACUGCAACAGUGGACUUACUACCCGGCGAGGAUAGUGUGGAGGAUGAUCUAAACAUUGAUGUUGAUGUUUCGUUCCUCUCAGUGGAGGAGCCGCCAACGGAUGACAUGGAGAACGUAGAUGAAGACGAAUAUCUGGAUCGACCGGAGUACAAUCAGCCAGAGGACGAGUUUGAUGAUGGUGUCGAUGACGAUGCCGUCUCGCAGAACGGCGCUCGCUCCCCCGAAGGCGAAGAAGAUGAAGAAAUCUCAGAUGAUGUUGGUAAUAUAUUACAAUUCAAGAAGUGGGUCGACGCAUUAUUACCCAUUGCUUCCCUAAUUUACGACUAUAGUUUGACGAAGAGGGCUAUUUCCGAAGACUCGGAUCAUAGGUGCUUAGCAGUGUUUUCUUCCUGCGCUCUCUUAACUCAAGUUUUCUCUUUUAUAGUGACAGAGGGUCUCCGACACCAACAAACCCCCGGAGCACUAAUUGGACCUGUUCCAGCAACAAUCAAAGUCGCAAUACCACAGACGAUCUGGUCUCGGGCAAAGAUCCUCACACCUAGCAACUAUACGUAUAUGUACUCCAACCCGCCACCCACCACUUCUCAACUUUUAUCUACCAUCGAGGAUUUCGGGCUCAAAAGCAGGAUUUAUCGUGCUCCAUACUACUCCAACGAGAAAGAUGCGCCGCUUAGACCGCGAGAGUAUGCUGGUCUAGUAUAUAACCUCAAAGGUGGUGAGGGAAUCGCGCUUCUCGAUGAUUGGGUGUCAGAAUUUAGCUCUCAGGAGACUAGCAACAGUACGUUUUCUUAUUUCUUGCAAGGUGAUUUGAGUGCAGGUGGCUGGGAAUAUGCUGGAGCUCCUCCCAGUGUAAAGGAGGUUCGAACCUGGCUUCGUUCCUUCGAAGGACAGCUGAAACAACAAUUACCUAAACUUCCAUCUCGGACACAGAUUCAAGGCCCUACGCAAGUAAACAAGUACGGUCUCAAGGCUUCACCGAUGAAGAUAGAGGGUAGUGUCUCUCGGGGAAAACAGGAUAUGAGCAUCCUGUCGUUGGAAGUCUUUGCGCCGUCGAAUACUGGGAGAUUACCUCACGCAGAGGAGAACGAGCUUGUUGCACUGUUCUAUACAUUCCAAAUGGCCGAAGACGAGGCUGAGCAUUUGAUACACCAUGUGGCAUGUGUAAACUCUGCACAAUUGAAUGCUGCAACACUUCCAGGGAUCGCACUCGAAGCGUUCUCGUCAGAACUAGAUCUGAUCAACUCGUUUAUAGACAUUGUCAUAGACUUGGAUCCGGAUAUCAUAACCGGAUGGGAUGUUCAAAAUUCUUCCUGGGGUUACCUCGCAGCUAGAGCUCGCUCAUUCGGUCUUGAGUUAGAGGAACUACUUGCCCGUGCGCCUCCUCGUUAUUCUUCAAAUAACAACAUCCAGUGGGAUGCAAGGCAUACAACAACUUUCAAAGUAGCCGGACGCCACGUCUUCAAUUUGUGGCGAAUUAUGCGUUCCGAGCAGACGCUGAAUAUCUACACGUUUGAGAACGUGGCUUUUCAUGUUCUGGGCCGAAGAGUCCCUAAAUACGGUCCUUUGAUUUUGAACAAAUGGUAUCAAGGCAAAAUUCCCGCUGGAGCAGCCACCUUGACAAGAUAUUUUGUCCGUCGCGCAUCCCUGAAUAUCGAAAUCUUGAACCGAUCAGAGGUUGUCACCAAAACAGCUGAAUUCGCCCGAGUUUUUGGUGUGGAUUUCUACUCUGUGAUCAGUCGGGGCUCGCAGUUCAAAGUCGAGUCAUUCAUGUUCAGAAUGGCGAAACCAGAGAGCUUUGUCCUAAUCUCCCCUAGCAAGAGCGAUGUGGGAAAGCAGAAUGCAGCCGAAUGUCUUCCUUUGAUCAUGGAACCCCAAUCUGCGUUAUAUACCAGCCCGCUCGUGGUCCUUGAUUUUCAAAGCUUGUAUCCGUCAUUGAUGAUAUCUCAGAAUAUGUGCUAUUCUACUUGCUUAGGUAGAGUGAUGGACUUCCAAGGUCGAAACAAAUUUGGAGUAGUUGACUUGGAUCGACCCUCUGGGUUACUUGAGAAAUUAAAGGACCAUAUCAACGCAGUUGCUCCCAAUGGGAUCAUGUUUCUGAAGCCAAAUGUCCGUAAGGGACUCCUUCCACGUAUGCUGACAGAGCUCCUGGAUACCCGUGUCAUGGUAAAGCAAGCUAUGAAAGGAUAUAAACACGACAAAGGUCUUACAAGGGUCCUUAACGCUCGACAACUGGGCCUCAAAUACAUUGCUAACGUUACCUAUGGAUAUACUAGUGCAAGCUUCUCAGGUAGAAUGCCUGCAGUAGAGAUGGCAGAUAGUAUCGUGCAGAGUGGUCGAGAAACAUUAGAGAAGGCGAUAGCUCUUGUUCAUGAAACCAAAAGAUGGGGAGCUGAGGUGGUAUAUGGUGACACAGACAGCAUGUUUAUCUAUAUGCAAGGCAAGACUCGGGAGCAGGCCUUUCGAAUCGGCCACGAGAUCGCGGACGCCGUCACGGCUCUUAAUCCUGCCCCCGUGAAAUUGAAGUUUGAAAAGGUCUAUCACCCUUGUGUGCUUAUGGCAAAGAAACGAUACGUAGGCUUCAAAUAUGAAAACGUGGACGACAAAGAACCCGUUUUUGAAGCCAAAGGCAUUGAAACAGUCCGCAGAGAUGGAAUCGUAGCGCAGCAGAAAAUGACUGAAAAUUGCUUGAAGAUAUUGUUUCGAACACAGGAUCUGAGCAAAGUAAAGGAAUAUUGUUAUGAUUCCUGGACCAAGAUAUUGGAGAACAGAGCGCCAGUUCAGGAUUUCAUUUUUGCGAAAGAAGUGAAGAUGGGAACUUACAGCGACAAAGGGCCUCCUCCACCCGGUGUGGCCGUGGCAGCGAAAAGAACACUUCUGGACCCUGGUGACGAACCUCAAUAUGGCGAACGUGUGCCCUAUGUAAUUGCGCAAGGAGAACCCGGUUCUAAACUCGUGGAUAGAGCUACAGAUCCCUUGGAAUUUCUGCGCAAUCCUCACACCCAGCUCGACGCGACGUAUUACAUAUCUAGGGUGCUCAUUCCACCACUGGAACGUAUCUUCAAUUUGGUCGGAGCUGAUGUUCCCCAAUGGUACAACGAAAUGCCCAAAGCCAGGCAGAUUGAAGUUGCUUCGCCCAGCAAACGAGGGCGCCCUCAGGUCAUUGAGUUGGACCAAUAUAACAUAAAUGAACACUUUGACCGUUCCGAGUGUCUUAUUUGCGGCUGCCCUGCUCUGCAAGGCCUGUGCACCCAAUGCCGGAGACAGCCGCAAUCGACCCUCGCGGGUCUCUCGAAUCGGAUUCGAUCGAAUGAACAACGUUUAACUAACACCCGCAAAGUGUGUGCAUCUUGCACGGGAACGGCUUUAGAUGAUGCAGUCCAUUGUCAAUCCCUCGAUUGUUCUUGGCUCUAUGCUCGCCAUAGAGCGGAAGCUAAGAUAAGCUUCCUUGGGAUUCUACAGGACCUUGUACAAGAACUAGUAGACGAAAACAUUCUGGCAUCAAAGAAAGAGGUGAUCGGCGAAUUAUCUGAGAAAGCUUUCUGA